AAUUUUCAGAUACCAGGUUUAUAAACCUGGUGGAAGGCAUUGGGUGGACUGCGUAGAAACGUGUUGUCUGAUAGUAUAAUAGGCUUCACAAAAUACAGAAGGGUUGCAGUUCUGGUAUUAUUACCGCUUGUUGCCGUAUUCUAAAGAGAUGUUUCCAAACUUUAACACCGACUACGAUUCUUCGUCUCGCUGCAGUACCGCAUCUCCCGUCGGGGACACCCUUUCGCAUUACCAGCAGUCACCAGCUGGUUCGUUUUCCAGCGCUUCGGCUUCUCCGAUGGAGAAGACACAGGAACUUUGUACAGAAAUAGAUAUUUCAGGGGGUCCCUUUGUUCCGACUGUCACUGCAAUUUCAACUACCCCGGGUUUGCAGUGGAUGGUCCAGCCGACCAUGAUCACGUCUGUUUCCCCAUCUGUGGGUACACUUCAAACCUAUAAAGCACAGAGCUCAGCCCAGGUGACUAAAGCCAGCGCGAGUAGGGGGCAUACCACUGCCAGAAAAGGGAAAACGGAGCAGCUUUCUCCAGAAGAGGAGGAGAAAAAGAGAAUCAGGAGAGAAAGGAAUAAAAUGGCUGCAGCAAAGUGCCGCAAUAGACGAAGGGAGCUCACAGACACUCUGCAAGCUGAGACAGAUGCGCUAGAAGAUGAAAAGGCAGCUCUGCAGGCAGAAAUAGCCAACCUCCUGAAGGAAAAGGAGAAGUUGGAGCUUAUUCUGGCUGCACAUAAACCGGCCUGCAAAAUUGCAGAGGACAUUGACUGUAUCUUCCAAGAGCCCAUUGGUUCCCCCCAGCUGCUCUCAGCUCUAGGAAAUGGCAAGCUCCCUGAAGACAGCUCAGUGGAGUCCACCACACUCCAAGAUUCUGAGGACUCCAGCUUCCCCACCACAGCCAUCUCUGGGAACUCCAACAUCCUGCUCUGCUCCAGUGCUGAGGUGAAUGUUUGUGAGCUAGAGCCCUCCUUGGAUUUGAAAGAAGAGCCCCUGGAGGACCUUCUCCCUGGCAUGGAGAAGUCCUCUCUGGAGACAGCUCGCUCUGUCCCGGACAUUGACCUGAGCAGCUCUUUUGGGGUGACAGAUUGGGAAACCCUCUACAAAUCAGUGUCCAGUGACCUGGAACCCCUGAGCACCCCUAUUGUGACUUCCACCCCCACCUGUACCAGUUACCUGUCAGCUUUUGCUUUCACCUAUCCGGAGUUAGACUCACUGGCAGAUGGGGUUGACAGCCGCAAAGGUGGAGUAGGAAAAGCUGAGUCAGUGGUAGAUAUUCUGAACUCUCCAACCCUUUUAGCCUUAUGAUGAGGAUAUGAUUAGAGGGAACCCAACGAACAGUAUUUCAUAAUUACAGUGCAAGAUCUGAUGUCAUCCAAUGUGCUGUCGACAGUCAUCUGCUGUGAUCCAAGCUUUUUAUCCGAUGGUUGCGUUGCGUCCAUGAAAUGUUUACUGUGAUCAAGCCAGUAUUAACUUCUUCCAGAUACAUUUGAUGUAGCUAAAAGCAUGGGUAGUAAUAUUCCUAACAGAAGUGUUAACUAUGGUCUGGUAUUAAAUGCAUGCAGAGAAGUGCCACAUAAUUUCAGAAUUGCAUAAUUAAUUUUUUAAUGGUGCUGGAUCUUUUGUUGUGUUGUUGAGCUAUAGACUGUGCAGUUCAGUGUUUCAAUAGCAAUAUUAUGUUAAUGUCUAAAAGUAAUGUUGUGUAGAAAUAUACAUCCAUGUACUGUACUUGCAUACCUCAAUUUCAUCAUUCAAGCUGUGAUUUUACAUAAUCAUUUUUAAAUAUUUAGAGUUUUCCAUGAAAACAUCAAGUGUGUUAUAAUUUAUUGAGAUGUAUUUUAUGAUAUAGUUUAUUUUUCUACCUUCAAGGUUUUGACUUGUUCUUCAAAUGCAAAAAGA